AGGAAUAAGAGAAGGAUAAUGCGCAUCUUCACGCUGCCCCCAGCUGCUGAGACACCGCCCGAGCCCAAUUUCUACGACAGCAUGAAGAAAAUCCGCCUGCGGCAGCAGCUGGAGAUGUACUCCAUCGCAAGGAAGUAUGAACAGCAGCAGCAGCAGCCACCCAAACACACAGAAAGUGUACAGCUAUCAGUGGAAUGA